AUGGCGACUAUCGCACCUCCCCCCGCAGCCCCUACACUGGCAGACCUGCCCCUCGAACAUCUCAGCCUCUAUCAUGUCGUCGACUCAUGUUUAUCAUCCAUCCUCGUCUUCUAUGGUUCCGUUUCCACCGCCAAUGCGACUGUGAGCAGUUCCCGCAUUCAAGCCCAUAUAUUCACACCUGCCGGUUUUCAAAGUUACCCUCGAAUUACGGUGUCCCCGGCCGCCCCCGUGUAUGCUGCGGUCAACCAUCUACCCCGUGAAAAACAAGGUGAUGAGGUGUGUCGCGGACUUGCAGUCAGCAUGCUGAGGUAUUUUGCCGAGCUCUCUGAACCGGUUAAGCACCGUCUUACUGGGGCGGCUCGCCCUGGAAGACCGGGAGGAAAGGUCCCUAAGAUGUUCGAUGAGAUGCAUGCUGCGGAUCUUGCCAACCGUAUGACAAAGGUGGAUGACUCAUUGGAGAUUAUUCAGGAUAUUCGGAGCGCAUAUCAAGAGCGUAAGGUGCCAUGGAUUGACAUUGAUGUGGUGCUUCCUGCGGGUACUGUACAACCUUUCCACCGGCGAGAGAGUGCGGGAUCAGACCUUGAGGGAACUCAAAAUCCCCAGUACGGUCCAUACACACCCCUGAUAGAGGCGUUAGGAGAUCCCAUGUUUUUGCCAACAUCUCGACUGAAGCGUGCGCCGUCUCAGCCGACCAAUGUCAGCAAAUCGCGCCUGUUCGCAAGAAGCCAGAAAGAAGCCCUUCGUCUCACCAUGUGUGAGCUUGUGGACACCGAAGAGAGAUAUGUCGCCAAACUGUAUUCUCUUGUCCAUGAAGUGGCCGAUGAAUUUCGGCAAAAAGCUGUGGGUAGAGGGCCAUCCAGUACCAGCCCCGACGAGGCAGCUUUGGCAGCGUUAUUCCCACCAUGUUUGAAUGAUAUUCUGGAAGUCAACCUAGGCUUUCUCGAUGUUAUUCGGCAAGUGCUUGAUGAAACAGAGAAAGAUGCCAUCACAGAUAUUGGUCAGGACACGGAGCUCCCUUCGAAUCAUCGGGGUUUGCCCAGAGAUAGAUCGGACCCGCUUGGAGCUCUGGCAUUCGCGAAGGCCCUCUUUGAAUGGCUACCACAAUUUUCACAGCCGUACGGAGACUAUAUGCGAGCACAUACAGGUUUUACGCAAACUCUCAAUUUGUUCAUGAAAGAUAAGAACUCGAGCUUUUCGAAGAGAGUAUACGAGACGGGAGAGCAGAGACUGCGAUCUUUGUUGAUGGAACCCGUUCAGCGACUCCCUCGAUACAGUCUACUGAUUGACACCAUGACUAGCAAUCUUCCCCUGGUCCAUCCUGCCGUGCGAACUCUGCUGAAAGCACGAGACAUCGUGAAGGAUAUCUGUGCGCUAGAGAAUAAUUCCCCAUCGAGCCACGCCCAAAGCCUACAACGCCUGAAAGAGCUAGUCAACGGAUGGCCAGCGAAGACAUUCCCUGAAGGUCGGCUGGUUACCGCAGUCGACUUCAACGAAAUUACCCCUCCUUACCGUUUAGACACACAGUCAUCUGGCAACAGCACAGGGAUCAUGCUCCUUUAUAAGAACUGCCUGGUCCUUCUAGCAAAGCCCGCCGAAAGUCGGGCCACAGCCCGUGGUGUGCUGGCUGAUAUCGACAAUGCGGCCGCUUCAACCAGUGAUAUGUCCACGUCUUUACCGCAAGCAGAACUCCAGGUUGUGCAGGUACUAGACUUUCAUAAUGUGCGUUGUACGCAAUCCACAUGUGGUCGGAUUUUGUUUGCUGUGCCAAUUUCAGCCAAGUCCAUAACAGAUGCGAUAGGCCCUGGGGCAGACCUGCUUGCAUUGGAAUUGGCUGGAACGUAUGAAGGAAGAGCCAAUCGACUGAUCGAAGAAAUAUCCAAAGCGAAGAUUGAGGGUCGAUUCCCCGAGAGUGAAAGAGAAGGAGGCAAAUGGACACUACGAAGCCCUCCCACCGGAGCUGCGAGUAACGUGGGAAUACUGGCCUGCGUGUGCGAGGACGGUGAAAGCGCCGCGCUCGACCAGAUUCAGUCAUCCCCCAUACGCGUUGUUUUUGAUACAUCCAAGGCGACCUGUGGUCAAAUGUUGAAAGAUUCCAAUCUUGAGGUCAUCAUAUCGAUAUCUCCUCCAAAUGGAGAUCAAUACAGACUAGAUAUCGAUUCUGUGGUUGGAUCUGGGUCUACGGAUUUGAUCACAGUGGACACCUUCAUUCCCACUCUUUCACGACGUCUUCAAUAUUUGCUCUCGCCUCUGCACAGCGCCCGGAAUCCAGCAUUGACGGACCCAUUAGUUCAUUCUAAUUUUGAAAUCCUUCGGUAUAUCGCCAGCAGCUUAAUCACGCAAGUCAAGUCUUCGCGGGGCUUCCGGCCACCUUCGCCGACCAAACUGAUCUCAAACUUGUUGGGGGGUAGCCGUGAUAACGUGCCCACUCUCAAAGGGCCAGGAUCUGCCACUCUUACCGGCGAAUUCCCAAAAAUGCCCCCGCCAAGAGGCACUCUGUCGAGAUCAAACACUUUACCUUCAACAUUCCCCGGAAAAGAGAAAGAGAAGGAUAAGGACAAGGACAAAGAGAAGGAGAAAGAAGAAACCGGGAGCAAAAUAUCAGUUGUUGGGGCAUCUGCCUCUAAGGGAUUGGAUACUCAGUUCGGGUUGCUGGAACAAACAUUUGCAGCCUAUGUACUUUCUCUGCAGUCCCGGAGUGGAAACAUCCUGGGCCGAAUGCUUCGGGUCAGAGAUCAUGUUGAUCGGGCGCCAGUCAAUGAGCUCUACAACAUUUUGCUGGAAGACCCAAGCAGAAUCCAGGCUGCUGCCGAAGUGCCAGUUGAUACGCUUUUCGUCGCAUUUGAAACAUUUCUGGCGAACGCCUGGAGAAGAAGUAUGGGCCCUAUCUUGAGCUCCUCUUCUCUGAAAUGGGUUCAGAGCCAGUUUGACACCAUGAUACCGCGAGAUUUUGAUGAGCAAUUCCGGAAAUUUGUGACAGACAUGAGUCCACAAAAUAGACGAGCUCUAGCUGCGAUCAUUCGACUACUUGCCGAGCUACUCGAUGCAUCUGGAAAUGACGGAGAUCGCGGUGCUUUGACGAUGGCAUUUGCGGAAUUACUCACCGAAGAUGGAGAUCCCAGCCAUCAUGUCUCCCUUUUGGAUCGACUGGUUGAAGACUUUGACAACCUCUUUGAAGAAUUUAUUCCUGGAGGUACCUCGGUGGAAGGAACACUGACCUGCGAUCAAUCGAAAUCUCAUACCAAUGCCGGGUCGGUCGGUUCCAAUUCUUCCUCUUUUCGGAAACGCUUUGGCUUUGGUAUGCACAGGGAUACCUCGAAAAAUGAAGGCGAAAGCAAAGUCGCAGCAAUUCUACGGACAUUGAGCAAGAAGCAAAGCCCAGCCGGCUCAGAGCCCAAUACACCCAAGGGCUCUCUGAUGCGUUCAAAGUCGACUGACGUGGAUGCUCGUCUGGGGUUCCUCCGUCCUACAUCUCGUGAUCGUCCUACAUCUCGCGAUCGCCCUACAUCCCGUGAUCGUCCGUACCGUCCGUACGGGUUCGCAUCUGAGGAGCAAAUCUCGAGGCCGGGCACCGGGUACGAAAAACCCCCUUCUCUAUCUUCUUUCCGAGGGUUCUCUGAAGAUGUCGUGCCAAGGAGUCGCAGAAAACGAAGGAGCUCUCUUUCGGAUUUACGACCACCCACAUCAUCCUCGGAUGCAUCCAGUAUCUCUCCGACUCAACAGCUCCGCCCGACGACCCCUUCCACCCACCCGCGAGAAGAAGUGGUAACGCCCACCAAGCAGUCCAGACCUCAGAGCAGUUACAUACCAACGUCACCUAUGCGCGGUCAAUCACCAAUGCGUGGUCAAUCACCAAUGCGUUCUAAGCCGCCAGCAAAAUCUAGUUCACCGACGCGACUAGGAUCGCCCAUUCGCCGUCUGUCUCCGCCCCGUCCUUCUACGCCGAGCAGGAAGGAGAACAUUGAUCCCAGGACUCCACAGACGGAGCGUACGACCAAGUCCAGGAGCGGUGUGUCAGAAUCGCCAGCAGAGGAGUCAAGGAGGAGAUCCCACACGUCAGGCAUCCCCCAGCGGACUCCGGGCCUUCGGGAGCGGCCAACCACUAACGGUUCCGAUCCUAAGCGGCCACAAUCUUCGUCUUCCUUGCAGAAACCGCAGAAACCGCGGAUCCAAAGCCCACAAAAGUUACGUGAUCGAGUUCAACUAGAAAAGAAGACUCAAAACUAUACUCAAUUGGGCCUGAAAGACGAGCUCACAGAGCUUGGUGAUGAAUUACGUUCUCUGAAGCUCACACCACCAAGGCAAUCCAACGCAAUGAACCUGGAGUUUGAUUUUGACCGUACAGACACCAAUCCACAUUCUGCUACCACCACAUCCCUUGAAGCUCGCAUGCGCAAUCUUGAAGCCCGAUUUGAGACGCUUACCGGGGAAUACAAUGGCCGCACAACCGCUCUCGAGCGAGAUCUGGAGUCGUCCUUGGUCCUCAGCGAGAAGCGCGUAAAGAAAUUGGACGAGCUUUAUCGCGAGGCAAGCGCCGAGAACGAGGCUCUCUAUGAUCGGUUUAAUACCGAGCUCAGCAAGGUUGCAAAGGAUGUCCGCUUGGGCCAAGCAGAAGACGCCUUGAAGUCUCAACUGGCAAGUGCUCUAGACGAGAUCGGCCGAGUGAAGAAAGAAAACUUCCGCUUGAAACGAGAAGUCGGAGGUCUUCGAGCCCAGUCAGCUGCCGCCGCACUGCUCAAGGCGAGUGAGCAAUGA